UAGUGCGAGGGAAGCCAUUCUAAACCCCUGACUUAGACUGCCAUGACGUGGCGCCUCAGUUGGCUCUUGUAACUCUCUUAAAGGACUUGUUCUUGUUUUGUUUUGUAUUUACCUGGAGGUUUUAAUUCACUUGUACCAGACUGUGAUCGGUGUCAAAAACAAGUUGGAAAUGGUUUAACAUGGCGAAUAGGAAUAUGAGAAGAACUUUCUAGAAUCAAGAUGUAUGGUCAGAUUCACGUGUGCAUUCGCCAGCUCGUCCUGGAGAAGUUUGGAGAAGAGGCCUGGAAGAAGAUUCUGGCUGAAACUUCCCUGAACGACACCGAACACUUCUUAGUAUUUAAGCAUUAUUGUGAUGGUGCGACGUUUACUCUAGUUGGAGCCGUGGCGAAGACUCUUGGUCUACCAGCCGAAACUGUAUUGGAGGUUUUCGGCGAGUACUUCUUGGAGUAUUGCAUGCGGCACGGCUAUGAUAAGAUGAUGAAGACUCUGGGCGAAGAUUUCGCCAGCUUCGUCCAGAAUCUUGAUUCUUUCCAUGCGCUGCUGGCAAUGUCCUAUGAAAAUAUCGAUGCACCAUCUUUCAGGUGCGAAACCAACCCAGACGGAUCCCUGACGCUGCAUUACUACUCAUCCAGACCUGGGCUUCAAAACCUUGUGAUAGGAAUCCUUCGAUCAGUUGGAAAGAAACUCUUCGACACACACGUUGAAACAGUAGUCCAGGAAAUACACACAAUAGACAUCAGUAACACACGUAAACAAUACCUGGUCAUCUUCAGGAUCGUGCUGACGUCAUUAAACGAAGACGUCAACAAAAGCAACCAAAUUGUUCCGGCAUUCCAGCCUGUUGUGCCGGAUGUACUACGAAUCAAUGCUAAAUCAUUCUGUCAAGCAUUUCCCUACCACAUACUUUUUGACACGGAGUUACGCAUUGUACAAUGUGGUGUAGGGCUCCAGAAAAUGUGCAGACAGAUCGUUGGCGGCGUUAAGCUCAGUGACGUUUUUGAAAUGAUGCAGCCAAACUUGAUGCUUUCAAUGGCUCAUCUACGAAGGUUCAUCAACGCUUGUUUCAUCAUCAGAGAGAAGGAGGUGAUUGGACUGAAUUCAUCGCGGAUUGUUCUGAAAGGCCAGAUGAUCUGGAUGGAGGACGUGACCCUGAUGCUGUUCAUAUGCUCACCCCGGCUGUCUAGUCUUAACGAAAUGGCGGAGAAGAACCUCUUCCUUUCCGAUAUUCCUAUCUACGACGUCACGCGGGAACUCAUCCUGUUGAAUCAACAGAGAAUCGCUGAAAUAGAAAUAAGCAAAAAGCUUGACGAAACGACUGCUGAGCUCACAAGAACGGGAAAGGCGCUGGAAGAAGAAAAGAGAAAAACUGACGAAUUGUUGUACCAGAUGCUUCCGGUGAAGGUAGCCAAUCAGCUGCGAGAACAUAAGCAGGUGGAAGCAGAAAAGUUCGACCAAGUGACAAUCUUAUUUAGUGAUAUCGUGACGUUCACGAACAUAGCUGCUGCAUGUACGCCAAUCCACGUAGUCAACAUGCUCAACUCAUUAUACUCACGAUUCGACCAGGCAACUACCGUCAAUAAUGUUUACAAGGUCGAAACCAUUGGUGAUGCUUACAUGGUUGUAGGUGGUGUCCCUGAAGUGAGCGACUCCCAUGCCGAAAGCGUGGCAGAUAUGGCAAUGGACAUGAUUGAAGAGGCAAGCCAUGUUACGUCGCCGGCAAGUGGAUUGCCUUUACAGAUCCGUGUGGGUAUCCAUUCCGGCCCGGUCGUGGCGGGUGUAGUGGGCGCGAAGAUGCCAAGGUAUUGUCUGUUUGGCGAUACAGUGAACACGGCAUCCCGGAUGGAGAGUCACAGCAUCCCAGGAAGAAUUCAUCUAAGUUCUUCCACCUAUAGCUGUGUUAGAUGUAAGGGCUUCUCCUUCGAAGAAAGAGGUGAGAUAGAAGUGAAAGGCAAGGGUAAGAUGACGACAUACUUUCUGCUUGGAAAAGGCGAUGUCUGCGUUCCACUACCGCCACCGGGCACGCCACGGACGAAGAGGGAGAGUGUGGUCUUCACGGAGUUCAACCGGCCCGUACUUUCACCUAUCAACAGGAAAAUAACACCAAUUGAUGAGGGUAAAGAAACUGAGGACAGUACAACUGCACUGAAACAAACUGAAGAAACACUUUUAGUAGAAAUUACUGCAGAUAACAAGGCAAUUGGUGAUAAGAAUUCUAUUCAAAAUGGACUUGGUGAAAACGAUGCGGCUAAAACACGUGACAGUAAUGCCAAUGCUUUUUCAGUUGACGAGAAAAAGCAGCAGGAGGGAAGAUAUCAAAAGAGUGAAACAUGUACUCUUCUGUGACAGGGCAACGCGUGUUCAAUUUACACUUAAGGGUCACCUAUAGUAUUGAAUUACACUCAUUAUAUCACGCUUGCACCCGUUGACUCAUUGAGGAAAUAUUUGUUUCUACAUGUAUAUGUAUAAAUAUGUCUCCAGAAUCAUUUGUUAAAAAGCAUUCUUUUCUUGUUGUACACUUAGUAU